AUGGGACGCCUACCGUCACAGACCAAGAUUUACGACAACCCACAGAUCAUCAACACAAUGGACGCAGUCCUCGACCCGUUCGACGAGCUGGCCGAGUUGGACGGCCACAUCGAUUUCGCAGCCACAACGCAGUACGACACCGCCCCGCCCGAGACGCUGUCCUCGGUAGGGGGCGAUGAGGCGGCGCAGGCCGUCGACACAGUGACAUGGGACCCAGGGCAGCCGCAGCGCGCCGCGCUUGCUGACCCUGAUGCCGCUCCGCCCGAGACGCUGUCCUCGGUAGGGGGCGAUGAGGCGGCACAGGCCGUCGACACAGUGACAUGGGACCCAGGGCAGCCGCAGCGAGCAGCGCGAGCCGUCCCUGAUGCCGCCCCGCCCAAGACGCAGUCCUUGGUAGGGGGCGAUGAGGUGGCGAAGGCCAUCGACUCGACCGCAGAGGAAGGAGGCAACACGGGUGGCGAGAUGAUCCUAUCCAGGUACCACGUCCAGGCCACGACCUUCAACCACCUCCGCGACCUGGCCAUCUCCCAGCGCAAGCCCGACCCGUUCCGAGGCUUCACGCCUAUGGCCGACGACCUCAACCGCCAGUACGCCAAAUGGGUCACGGCGCUCGAGAACACCAUGAUCAGCCAUCACCAGAUCGACCCCAAGGAAGCCGCAGCCUUCACAGGCCGAGCCCAAGGCUACCAGUUGUCUUGGAAGAAGACGGCCGCCGCCCCAGGCCGUGUACACGUUCAUGAUCCACAGUCGGAAUGGUGGGCAAUCACGCUCACCCUCAUCAAGCGCUACGCAGCGCUCCACGACAAGCCCAAGCACGCAGCGCUCAUGCAGCAGCAGGCCUCCAUCAUCCAGCAGCGCGCGGACCAUUUCAACACUCACUUCCAUGACCUCCAGUUCGAGAAGGACGAGGACACCAUCUUCCGCUGGUUCGCUCUUGUCUGGGCCCCGCAGUUGGACAAAGAGGACACCGACGACCUGGUCACUAUUACCGCUACUUGGGCCUCCAGAGCGCUCUCCGCAGCCCUCGCCAAGUCUAAGAGGGCUUACGGAGCUUGGCUCGCCAAGCAAUGGAAACACCGCCCUGGAGUACUACAUGCCCAUGUCAAGCCCGCGCCCGUACGACACAUCGAGGCCUACACGACCAGCCAGACCAUAGCCGACCCCACCGUUAUCAUGGACAGCAAGAAGCAACAAUGGCAUCAAGUAUGGCAGGCCACCGAGACCCCCGACGACAUCCUACAAGCGUUGACACUGGCAAAG